UGUGUUUAAUACCCAACGACCUUAAUUUGAAAUUAUUGAUUUUGCGCUGGCGGCGGGUUAGGUAUGGCUUGAUUUGUGGCAUCCCCUACAUAAUCGUUUACCGUUAUAUUGCCGCACAAACUGAAUUCUAUUCUCAUUUUGCUUUAAUUUACUCAACAUACAAUUUUGAUUUUCUAUUGAAUUUGCUGCAUUCGAUGCCGUUUUUCAAAGAUAUAGCAAGGGUUGCCGAUGGGUUGUCUUUGGUUGCCAAAGAGACUAUCUACCGGCAACGGCGGAGCGAAGGCGGCAAUAGCUUGCAAUCGUUGAUUAAGAAUACUCUUCUCUCCGCUACCGAUUUAACUGGACUUACCAAAGGCAAAGUUCGACAGAUAGAUGCAGAUUCUGCUGUACGUACUGAUUCGAAUAUAGAAAGUGUUGUUUACUUUACUGAUGAAAAACCUAGCACGUCUAGUUCUAGUGAGCCUCAAAUUGAAUGUCAUUUAGAGGUGAAGGAAGUUUCUGAAGCUGAAAUUCGUGAGCCUCCAGUUCCGGUUCAGUCUGCUGGGACGACUUAUGAAGGUGAUGUUCAGAUAGAUUCGAUCUCUUCUGAAAGCAAAGCUGCUGCUGCUGAAGUUGUUGCUCCUGUUACUCCGCAGCUGAAAAGACAGAGGAAGCUACGGGAGAGGAAAGUGCCGACGACUUCUUUCUCUAGAGCGCUUGGGUUUGCGGGCCUUGGAGCUGGUCUUGCUUGGGGUACACUUCAAGAAUCUGCCAAGAGGCUUGUUUUUGGUGAACCAAAUGUUCAAGGCAAUCAAUCUGCUGUAUCCCCCUAUCUGUCUGAGAAAAAUGCAGAACGUCUGGCUCUUGCAUUAUGUAGAAUGCGUGGAGCAGCUCUAAAAUUGGGGCAGAUGUUAAGCAUCCAAGAUGAAUCUGUGGUUCCAGCUCCGAUCUUAGCUGCUUUGGACAUUGUCCGUCAAGGUGCAGAUGUUAUGCCUAGAAGUCAGCUUAAUCAAGUAUUAAGCAGCGAAUUAGGUCAUGAUUGGUCGUCGAAGUUGAAGAGUUUCGAUUAUGAGCCGAUGGCAGCAGCAAGUAUUGGACAGGUCCACCGGGCUUUCACAAAGGACGGCAUGGAGAUUGCUAUGAAAAUACAGUACCCAGGUGUUGCUGAUAGCAUUGAGAGUGACAUUGAAAAUGUGAAACUUCUAUUAAGUUACACAAACUUAUUACCAGAGAAGCUGUUCCUUGACAAUGCUAUGAAGGUUGCCAAAGAAGAACUUUCUCGUGAAUGCGACUAUGAGCUGGAAGCCAAAAAUCAAAAAAGAUUUGGCAUGCUAUUAUCUGGCACAAAGGGAUUUUAUGUGCCGGUGGUCAUAGAUGAUUUGUCAAGUAAACGAGUACUGACUUCAGAACUUGUUCCUGGAAUUCCAAUUGACAAGGUGACGUUACUGGAUCAAGAGACUCGGAACUAUGUUGGAAGGAAAUUGCUCGAGCUUACUCUGAUGGAGUUGUUUGUUUUUCGCUUCAUGCAGACCGAUCCUAACUGGAGCAAUUUCCUCUAUGAUGAGUCUGAAAAAGUAAUCAAUCUCAUUGACUUUGGAGCAGCUCGUGACUACCCCAAAAGUUUUGUGGAUGAUUAUCUUAGAAUGGUUUUUGCUUGCGCAAACAAUGACCGGGAAGCAAUAAUAAAGUUGUCUCAGAGGCUUGGUUUCCUCACAGGAGAAGAAUCUGAAAUAAUGAUGGAGACACAUGUUCAGGCAGGUUUCGUUGUGGGGUUGCCAUUCUCAAAGCCUGGAGGGUAUGAUUUUCGAGCUAACAAUAUUACUCAAAGCAUUUCAAAUCUUGGGGCUACGAUGUUGAGGCACAGGCUGACACCGCCACCUGAGGAGGCUUACAGUCUUCACCGUAAGCUUUCUGGAGCUUUCCUUGCUUGCAUAAAGCUGGGGGCUGUGGUUCCAUGCAGGGAGAUCUUACUUGAAGUAUACGAAAAAUAUGAGUUUGGCGAACAUGAUAAUGAAAGAUUGGCUAGCGGAUCAGAGUAAUGAGGAGAUCCAUCUUCCACAUUGUUAAACUGUCCAUCGGGUUCAAGGAUGAGGCAGAAAGUCCUUAAGAACGAGAGAGUCGACUAAAACCCAGUGGUAUGUGCUGCUCUAUUUGCUGUUCCAUUGGCUAUGCCUCCAUUCAGUGCAGCCUAUGUUCAAAUCAAGUCAUGAAUGACAUAUUAAUUUAUGGUCCUUUUAGCACAAUUUGCUGAAGUUCCAUUGCUUUUCAGUAACUGAGAAAAUCAUUUUUGAUACAAUUUGGAAUGGGGAAUGAAGGUAUACAAAUUUGAGGUUUAUGUAAUUGUUAUAGGAAAAUUUAAGAGAAAUAAAUCUGAAAAAUGUACUGUGCACUUUUAGGCAUUUUUUGUCUUCAAUAAAAGCGGUAUUAGUUGAAUUACCUCAAA